AUGUCUCGUUCAGAUCAGUCGCCUUCGCCUCCUCAAGACCUCUCGGGAUCUCAAUUGACCAUUCCUUCCGACUCCGAAGCCUACUCGUCCCUCUCUCCUCCGUCCUCUUCACCGCCCCAGUCAUCAGACAACAAUGGCUCGCGGCCGGUCAUAAUUUAUCAGCCUCCGACGGUAUGGUCAAUAUUAAGAGGAGCUGCCAUAAAUCUUAUACUGCCUUUUGUCAAUGGCAUGAUGCUGGGUUUUGGUGAGCUUCUGGCGCACGAAUUCGCUUUCCGGUUAGGCUGGAAUUCGAUAAAUAUAUGGCCUAGGCACCGAUCAUCUCGCUCCGUCGGUCCAGGCGUCGAGAGAAGAGAGGAUCCCAUCGAAAGGAGGAGAAGAAACAGCACCCUGAAUUCCGGGGUGGAAGACGCCGCUUCGUUGGAAUAG